AUGGCCAACCAUAUUCAGUCCUCCGUUGUGAAUGCACCAGGAAAGACAAGGCUACGUGAGUCCUUGGAGCGCGCGAAAAGAGGUCAAGGGCCUAGUGUUGGUCAAUGGCUCGAGUUUCCCGGCUAUUCUCUGGCGAGAACGGUAGCACCUUUGGGCGAGGAUUGGGUUCUCAUAGACACAGAGCAUGGGAACAUUGAUGACAGUCAGAUGUAUCUGCAAGUUGGGGCCAUCUCAACCUCGGGGGUAUCUCCAAUUGUGCGAAUACCCGCUUCAGAACAUUGGAUGAUGAAGAGAGCUCUAGACUGUGGAGCACACGCAAUCAUGGUACCGAUGUGUGAGACCAAGGAGCAAGCUGAAGCCAUUGUCCGCGCUUGCAAGUAUCCCUCCUCGCGCUGGCCACAAGGGCUUCGAGGUGCUGGAGCAAUGUUUGCCCCUGCAGCUUUCAACCAAAGCGGCCGAGAGUAUCUUCUUACCGCCAACGACAACGUUAUGAUCUGCGUCCAGAUUGAGAGCCGAAAGGCCGUGGAGAACGUUGAGGAAAUCGCGGCUGUUGAUGGCAUCGACAUGUUGUUCAUCGGACCCAACGACCUCGCAUCAUCGAUGGGAUACGUGGCGUUUGACCAUGCCUCAAUACCCGAAGUCCAAGAAGCAUCGGCCCGUGUGCUGAAAGCGGGGCUUGAAGCUGGAAAAUACGUCGGCCACUUUGCGCUUGGUGCUGAUGCUGCGGCGUUGAAGUAUGAGCAAGGCUUUCACUUUGUCAACUGCGGAGCCGAUAUCGUUGCCAUUACAGCCUGGAUGUCUGCCGAGAUGGCGAAGUUGAGGGUCUUGGUGGCGGACACAGGGAGGGGAAGAGACGAGGUCAGACAGAAGACUGAUACAAACAAGGAAAGCCAAGAUUUAGAGGACUGA